CCGAGGUUGCCGGCGGCGGCCACGGAUCCAGCUCCGCGGCGAGCCAACAUGAGUCAGUCUCGUGGGGAUGGUGAGCGGCAAGGCAGAGCUGAACACGGACGUGCCCUUCACGCUCGACGACGGCACCGGCCCCGUCAAUUUCAUCAGAUGGUGCUACAUUGUUCUUCUCUGGGGCAAUUGGUGCAAAAUCUAUACCAAAACAAUUUCAAGUCGAGGACUAGAGCCUAGUGAUACUUUAAGGAUAUCGUCAUCAUGCCGGUGCAAGGUUUGGCGGUUAGUCUGUGUUACUUGAGAUUCAAGUUUUUUAGUAGGAAUUACUUGGGCCCGUAUAGCUUCCCGGAAGGCUGCUUGUGUUGGAGAUUAAAUUCAGCUAGGACAUUUUUUCAUGGAAGUCAUGUUACUAAAAAAAUGCUCAUAGCUCUUUCGAGAUAUACUUGUGUUGAUUCGAUAUUAAGCUUUAUUUUUUGAAAUCAGACUAGAUUGUUGGU